AUGGGUCAUGCUUUUGAGUCGACUCACUGCAUGGGUCAUGCUUUUGAGUCGACUCACUGCAUGGGUCAUGCUUUUGAGUCGACUCACUGCAUGGGUCAUGCUUUUGAGUCGACUCACUGCAUGGGUCAUGCUUUUGAGUCGACUCACUGCAUGGGUCAUGCUUUUGAGUCGACUCACUGCAUGGGUCAUGCUUUUGAGUCGACUCACUGCAUGGGUCAUGCUUUUGAGUCGACUCACUGCAUGGGUCAUGCUUUUGAGUCGACUCACUGCAUGGGUCAUGCUUUUGAGUCGACUCACUGCAUGGGUCAUGCUUUUGAGUCGACUCACUGCAUGGGUCAUGCUUUUGAGUCGACUCACUGCAUGGGUCAUGCUUUUGAGUCGACUCACUGCAUGGGUCAUGCUUUUGAGUCGACUCACUGCAUGGGUCAUGCUUUUGAGUCGACUCACUGCAUGGGUCAUGCUUUUGAGUCGACUCACUGCAUGGGUCAUGCUUUUGAGUCGACUCACUGCAUGGGUCAUGCUUUUGAGUCGACUCACUGCAUGGGUCAUGCUUUUGAGUCGACUCACUGCAUGGGUCAUGCUUUUGAGUCGACUCACUGCAUGGGUCAUGCUUUUGAGUCGACUCACUGCAUGGGUCAUGCUUUUGAGUCGACUCACUGCAUGGGUCAUGCUUUUGAGUCGACUCACUGCAUGGGUCAUGCUUUUGAGUCGACUCACUGCAUGGGUCAUGCUUUUGAGUCGACUCACUGCAUGGGUCAUGCUUUUGAGUCGACUCACUGCAUGGGUCAUGCUUUUGAGUCGACUCACUGCAUGGGUCAUGCUUUUGAGUCGACUCACUGCAUGGGUCAUGCUUUUGAGUCGACUCACUGCAUGGGUCAUGCUUUUGAGUCGACUCACUGCAUGGGUCAUGCUUUUGAGUCGACUCACUGCAUGGGUCAUGCUUUUGAGUCGACUCACUGCAUGGGUCAUGCUUUUGAGUCGACUCACUGCAUGGGUCAUGCUUUUGAGUCGACUCACUGCAUGGGUCAUGCUUUUGAGUCGACUCACUGCAUGGGUCAUGCUUUUGAGUCGACUCACUGCAUGGGUCAUGCUUUUGAGUCGACUCACUGCAUGGGUCAUGCUUUUGAGUCGACUCACUGCAUGGGUCAUGCUUUUGAGUCGACUCACUGCAUGGGUCAUGCUUUUGAGUCGACUCACUGCAUGGGUCAUGCUUUUGAGUCGACUCACUGCAUGGGUCAUGCUUUUGAGUCGACUCACUGCAUGGGUCAUGCUUUUGAGUCGACUCACUGCAUGGGUCAUGCUUUUGAGUCGACUCACUGCAUGGGUCAUGCUUUUGAGUCGACUCACUGCAUGGGUCAUGCUUUUGAGUCGACUCACUGCAUGGGUCAUGCUUUUGAGUCGACUCACUGCAUGGGUCAUGCUUUUGAGUCGACUCACUGCAUGGGUCAUGCUUUUGAGUCGACUCACUGCAUGGGUCAUGCUUUUGAGUCGACUCACUGCAUGGGUCAUGCUUUUGAGUCGACUCACUGCAUGGGUCAUGCUUUUGAGUCGACUCACUGCAUGGGUCAUGCUUUUGAGUCGACUCACUGCAUGGGUCAUGCUUUUGAGUCGACUCACUGCAUGGGUCAUGCUUUUGAGUCGACUCACUGCAUGGGUCAUGCUUUUGAGUCGACUCACUGCAUGGGUCAUGCUUUUGAGUCGACUCACUGCAUGGGUCAUGCUUUUGAGUCGACUCACUGCAUGGGUCAUGCUUUUGAGUCGACUCACUGCAUGGGUCAUGCUUUUGAGUCGACUCACUGCAUGGGUCAUGCUUUUGAGUCGACUCACUGCAUGGGUCAUGCUUUUGAGUCGACUCACUGCAUGGGUCAUGCUUUUGAGUCGACUCACUGCAUGGGUCAUGCUUUUGAGUCGACUCACUGCAUGGGUCAUGCUUUUGAGUCGACUCACUGCAUGGGUCAUGCUUUUGAGUCGACUCACUGCAUGGGUCAUGCUUUUGAGUCGACUCACUGCAUGGGUCAUGCUUUUGAGUCGACUCACUGCAUGGGUCAUGCUUUUGAGUCGACUCACUGCAUGGGUCAUGCUUUUGAGUCGACUCACUGCAUGGGUCAUGCUUUUGAGUCGACUCACUGCAUGGGUCAUGCUUUUGAGUCGACUCACUGCAUGGGUCAUGCUUUUGAGUCGACUCACUGCAUGGGUCAUGCUUUUGAGUCGACUCACUGCAUGGGUCAUGCUUUUGAGUCGACUCACUGCAUGGGUCAUGCUUUUGAGUCGACUCACUGCAUGGGUCAUGCUUUUGAGUCGACUCACUGCAUGGGUCAUGCUUUUGAGUCGACUCACUGCAUGGGUCAUGCUUUUGAGUCGACUCACUGCAUGGGUCAUGCUUUUGAGUCGACUCACUGCAUGGGUCAUGCUUUUGAGUCGACUCACUGCAUGGGUCAUGCUUUUGAGUCGACUCACUGCAUGGGUCAUGCUUUUGAGUCGACUCACUGCAUGGGUCAUGCUUUUGAGUCGACUCACUGCAUGGGUCAUGCUUUUGAGUCGACUCACUGCAUGGGUCAUGCUUUUGAGUCGACUCACUGCAUGGGUCAUGCUUUUGAGUCGACUCACUGCAUGGGUCAUGCUUUUGAGUCGACUCACUGCAUGGGUCAUGCUUUUGAGUCGACUCACUGCAUGGGUCAUGCUUUUGAGUCGACUCACUGCAUGGGUCAUGCUUUUGAGUCGACUCACUGCAUGGGUCAUGCUUUUGAGUCGACUCACUGCAUGGGUCAUGCUUUUGAGUCGACUCACUGCAUGGGUCAUGCUUUUGAGUCGACUCACUGCAUGGGUCAUGCUUUUGAGUCGACUCACUGCAUGGGUCAUGCUUUUGAGUCGACUCACUGCAUGGGUCAUGCUUUUGAGUCGACUCACUGCAUGGGUCAUGCUUUUGAGUCGACUCACUGCAUGGGUCAUGCUUUUGAGUCGACUCACUGCAUGGGUCAUGCUUUUGAGUCGACUCACUGCAUGGGUCAUGCUUUUGAGUCGACUCACUGCAUGGGUCAUGCUUUUGAGUCGACUCACUGCAUGGGUCAUGCUUUUGAGUCGACUCACUGCAUGGGUCAUGCUUUUGAGUCGACUCACUGCAUGGGUCAUGCUUUUGAGUCGACUCACUGCAUGGGUCAUGCUUUUGAGUCGACUCACUGCAUGGGUCAUGCUUUUGAGUCGACUCACUGCAUGGGUCAUGCUUUUGAGUCGACUCACUGCAUGGGUCAUGCUUUUGAGUCGACUCACUGCAUGGGUCAUGCUUUUGAGUCGACUCACUGCAUGGGUCAUGCUUUUGAGUCGACUCACUGCAUGGGUCAUGCUUUUGAGUCGACUCACUGCAUGGGUCAUGCUUUUGAGUCGACUCACUGCAUGGGUCAUGCUUUUGAGUCGACUCACUGCAUGGGUCAUGCUUUUGAGUCGACUCACUGCAUGGGUCAUGCUUUUGAGUCGACUCACUGCAUGGGUCAUGCUUUUGAGUCGACUCACUGCAUGGGUCAUGCUUUUGAGUCGACUCACUGCAUGGGUCAUGCUUUUGAGUCGACUCACUGCAUGGGUCAUGCUUUUGAGUCGACUCACUGCAUGGGUCAUGCUUUUGAGUCGACUCACUGCAUGGGUCAUGCUUUUGAGUCGACUCACUGCAUGGGUCAUGCUUUUGAGUCGACUCACUGCAUGGGUCAUGCUUUUGAGUCGACUCACUGCAUGGGUCAUGCUUUUGAGUCGACUCACUGCAUGGGUCAUGCUUUUGAGUCGACUCACUGCAUGGGUCAUGCUUUUGAGUCGACUCACUGCAUGGGUCAUGCUUUUGAGUCGACUCACUGCAUGGGUCAUGCUUUUGAGUCGACUCACUGCAUGGGUCAUGCUUUUGAGUCGACUCACUGCAUGGGUCAUGCUUUUGAGUCGACUCACUGCAUGGGUCAUGCUUUUGAGUCGACUCACUGCAUGGGUCAUGCUUUUGAGUCGACUCACUGCAUGGGUCAUGCUUUUGAGUCGACUCACUGCAUGGGUCAUGCUUUUGAGUCGACUCACUGCAUGGGUCAUGCUUUUGAGUCGACUCACUGCAUGGGUCAUGCUUUUGAGUCGACUCACUGCAUGGGUCAUGCUUUUGAGUCGACUCACUGCAUGGGUCAUGCUUUUGAGUCGACUCACUGCAUGGGUCAUGCUUUUGAGUCGACUCACUGCAUGGGUCAUGCUUUUGAGUCGACUCACUGCAUGGGUCAUGCUUUUGAGUCGACUCACUGCAUGGGUCAUGCUUUUGAGUCGACUCACUGCAUGGGUCAUGCUUUUGAGUCGACUCACUGCAUGGGUCAUGCUUUUGAGUCGACUCACUGCAUGGGUCAUGCUUUUGAGUCGACUCACUGCAUGGGUCAUGCUUUUGAGUCGACUCACUGCAUGGGUCAUGCUUUUGAGUCGACUCACUGCAUGGGUCAUGCUUUUGAGUCGACUCACUGCAUGGGUCAUGCUUUUGAGUCGACUCACUGCAUGGGUCAUGCUUUUGAGUCGACUCACUGCAUGGGUCAUGCUUUUGAGUCGACUCACUGCAUGGGUCAUGCUUUUGAGUCGACUCACUGCAUGGGUCAUGCUUUUGAGUCGACUCACUGCAUGGGUCAUGCUUUUGAGUCGACUCACUGCAUGGGUCAUGCUUUUGAGUCGACUCACUGCAUGGGUCAUGCUUUUGAGUCGACUCACUGCAUGGGUCAUGCUUUUGAGUCGACUCACUGCAUGGGUCAUGCUUUUGAGUCGACUCACUGCAUGGGUCAUGCUUUUGAGUCGACUCACUGCAUGGGUCAUGCUUUUGAGUCGACUCACUGCAUGGGUCAUGCUUUUGAGUCGACUCACUGCAUGGGUCAUGCUUUUGAGUCGACUCACUGCAUGGGUCAUGCUUUUGAGUCGACUCACUGCAUGGGUCAUGCUUUUGAGUCGACUCACUGCAUGGGUCAUGCUUUUGAGUCGACUCACUGCAUGGGUCAUGCUUUUGAGUCGACUCACUGCAUGGGUCAUGCUUUUGAGUCGACUCACUGCAUGGGUCAUGCUUUUGAGUCGACUCACUGCAUGGGUCAUGCUUUUGAGUCGACUCACUGCAUGGGUCAUGCUUUUGAGUCGACUCACUGCAUGGGUCAUGCUUUUGAGUCGACUCACUGCAUGGGUCAUGCUUUUGAGUCGACUCACUGCAUGGGUCAUGCUUUUGAGUCGACUCACUGCAUGGGUCAUGCUUUUGAGUCGACUCACUGCAUGGGUCAUGCUUUUGAGUCGACUCACUGCAUGGGUCAUGCUUUUGAGUCGACUCACUGCAUGGGUCAUGCUUUUGAGUCGACUCACUGCAUGGGUCAUGCUUUUGAGUCGACUCACUGCAUGGGUCAUGCUUUUGAGUCGACUCACUGCAUGGGUCAUGCUUUUGAGUCGACUCACUGCAUGGGUCAUGCUUUUGAGUCGACUCACUGCAUGGGUCAUGCUUUUGAGUCGACUCACUGCAUGGGUCAUGCUUUUGAGUCGACUCACUGCAUGGGUCAUGCUUUUGAGUCGACUCACUGCAUGGGUCAUGCUUUUGAGUCGACUCACUGCAUGGGUCAUGCUUUUGAGUCGACUCACUGCAUGGGUCAUGCUUUUGAGUCGACUCACUGCAUGGGUCAUGCUUUUGAGUCGACUCACUGCAUGGGUCAUGCUUUUGAGUCGACUCACUGCAUGGGUCAUGCUUUUGAGUCGACUCACUGCAUGGGUCAUGCUUUUGAGUCGACUCACUGCAUGGGUCAUGCUUUUGAGUCGACUCACUGCAUGGGUCAUGCUUUUGAGUCGACUCACUGCAUGGGUCAUGCUUUUGAGUCGACUCACUGCAUGGGUCAUGCUUUUGAGUCGACUCACUGCAUGGGUCAUGCUUUUGAGUCGACUCACUGCAUGGGUCAUGCUUUUGAGUCGACUCACUGCAUGGGUCAUGCUUUUGAGUCGACUCACUGCAUGGGUCAUGCUUUUGAGUCGACUCACUGCAUGGGUCAUGCUUUUGAGUCGACUCACUGCAUGGGUCAUGCUUUUGAGUCGACUCACUGCAUGGGUCAUGCUUUUGAGUCGACUCACUGCAUGGGUCAUGCUUUUGAGUCGACUCACUGCAUGGGUCAUGCUUUUGAGUCGACUCACUGCAUGGGUCAUGCUUUUGAGUCGACUCACUGCAUGGGUCAUGCUUUUGAGUCGACUCACUGCAUGGGUCAUGCUUUUGAGUCGACUCACUGCAUGGGUCAUGCUUUUGAGUCGACUCACUGCAUGGGUCAUGCUUUUGAGUCGACUCACUGCAUGGGUCAUGCUUUUGAGUCGACUCACUGCAUGGGUCAUGCUUUUGAGUCGACUCACUGCAUGGGUCAUGCUUUUGAGUCGACUCACUGCAUGGGUCAUGCUUUUGAGUCGACUCACUGCAUGGGUCAUGCUUUUGAGUCGACUCACUGCAUGGGUCAUGCUUUUGAGUCGACUCACUGCAUGGGUCAUGCUUUUGAGUCGACUCACUGCAUGGGUCAUGCUUUUGAGUCGACUCACUGCAUGGGUCAUGCUUUUGAGUCGACUCACUGCAUGGGUCAUGCUUUUGAGUCGACUCACUGCAUGGGUCAUGCUUUUGAGUCGACUCACUGCAUGGGUCAUGCUUUUGAGUCGACUCACUGCAUGGGUCAUGCUUUUGAGUCGACUCACUGCAUGGGUCAUGCUUUUGAGUCGACUCACUGCAUGGGUCAUGCUUUUGAGUCGACUCACUGCAUGGGUCAUGCUUUUGAGUCGACUCACUGCAUGGGUCAUGCUUUUGAGUCGACUCACUGCAUGGGUCAUGCUUUUGAGUCGACUCACUGCAUGGGUCAUGCUUUUGAGUCGACUCACUGCAUGGGUCAUGCUUUUGAGUCGACUCACUGCAUGGGUCAUGCUUUUGAGUCGACUCACUGCAUGGGUCAUGCUUUUGAGUCGACUCACUGCAUGGGUCAUGCUUUUGAGUCGACUCACUGCAUGGGUCAUGCUUUUGAGUCGACUCACUGCAUGGGUCAUGCUUUUGAGUCGACUCACUGCAUGGGUCAUGCUUUUGAGUCGACUCACUGCAUGGGUCAUGCUUUUGAGUCGACUCACUGCAUGGGUCAUGCUUUUGAGUCGACUCACUGCAUGGGUCAUGCUUUUGAGUCGACUCACUGCAUGGGUCAUGCUUUUGAGUCGACUCACUGCAUGGGUCAUGCUUUUGAGUCGACUCACUGCAUGGGUCAUGCUUUUGAGUCGACUCACUGCAUGGGUCAUGCUUUUGAGUCGACUCACUGCAUGGGUCAUGCUUUUGAGUCGACUCACUGCAUGGGUCAUGCUUUUGAGUCGACUCACUGCAUGGGUCAUGCUUUUGAGUCGACUCACUGCAUGGGUCAUGCUUUUGAGUCGACUCACUGCAUGGGUCAUGCUUUUGAGUCGACUCACUGCAUGGGUCAUGCUUUUGAGUCGACUCACUGCAUGGGUCAUGCUUUUGAGUCGACUCACUGCAUGGGUCAUGCUUUUGAGUCGACUCACUGCAUGGGUCAUGCUUUUGAGUCGACUCACUGCAUGGGUCAUGCUUUUGAGUCGACUCACUGCAUGGGUCAUGCUUUUGAGUCGACUCACUGCAUGGGUCAUGCUUUUGAGUCGACUCACUGCAUGGGUCAUGCUUUUGAGUCGACUCACUGCAUGGGUCAUGCUUUUGAGUCGACUCACUGCAUGGGUCAUGCUUUUGAGUCGACUCACUGCAUGGGUCAUGCUUUUGAGUCGACUCACUGCAUGGGUCAUGCUUUUGAGUCGACUCACUGCAUGGGUCAUGCUUUUGAGUCGACUCACUGCAUGGGUCAUGCUUUUGAGUCGACUCACUGCAUGGGUCAUGCUUUUGAGUCGACUCACUGCAUGGGUCAUGCUUUUGAGUCGACUCACUGCAUGGGUCAUGCUUUUGAGUCGACUCACUGCAUGGGUCAUGCUUUUGAGUCGACUCACUGCAUGGGUCAUGCUUUUGAGUCGACUCACUGCAUGGGUCAUGCUUUUGAGUCGACUCACUGCAUGGGUCAUGCUUUUGAGUCGACUCACUGCAUGGGUCAUGCUUUUGAGUCGACUCACUGCAUGGGUCAUGCUUUUGAGUCGACUCACUGCAUGGGUCAUGCUUUUGAGUCGACUCACUGCAUGGGUCAUGCUUUUGAGUCGACUCACUGCAUGGGUCAUGCUUUUGAGUCGACUCACUGCAUGGGUCAUGCUUUUGAGUCGACUCACUGCAUGGGUCAUGCUUUUGAGUCGACUCACUGCAUGGGUCAUGCUUUUGAGUCGACUCACUGCAUGGGUCAUGCUUUUGAGUCGACUCACUGCAUGGGUCAUGCUUUUGAGUCGACUCACUGCAUGGGUCAUGCUUUUGAGUCGACUCACUGCAUGGGUCAUGCUUUUGAGUCGACUCACUGCAUGGGUCAUGCUUUUGAGUCGACUCACUGCAUGGGUCAUGCUUUUGAGUCGACUCACUGCAUGGGUCAUGCUUUUGAGUCGACUCACUGCAUGGGUCAUGCUUUUGAGUCGACUCACUGCAUGGGUCAUGCUUUUGAGUCGACUCACUGCAUGGGUCAUGCUUUUGAGUCGACUCACUGCAUGGGUCAUGCUUUUGAGUCGACUCACUGCAUGGGUCAUGCUUUUGAGUCGACUCACUGCAUGGGUCAUGCUUUUGAGUCGACUCACUGCAUGGGUCAUGCUUUUGAGUCGACUCACUGCAUGGGUCAUGCUUUUGAGUCGACUCACUGCAUGGGUCAUGCUUUUGAGUCGACUCACUGCAUGGGUCAUGCUUUUGAGUCGACUCACUGCAUGGGUCAUGCUUUUGAGUCGACUCACUGCAUGGGUCAUGCUUUUGAGUCGACUCACUGCAUGGGUCAUGCUUUUGAGUCGACUCACUGCAUGGGUCAUGCUUUUGAGUCGACUCACUGCAUGGGUCAUGCUUUUGAGUCGACUCACUGCAUGGGUCAUGCUUUUGAGUCGACUCACUGCAUGGGUCAUGCUUUUGAGUCGACUCACUGCAUGGGUCAUGCUUUUGAGUCGACUCACUGCAUGGGUCAUGCUUUUGAGUCGACUCACUGCAUGGGUCAUGCUUUUGAGUCGACUCACUGCAUGGGUCAUGCUUUUGAGUCGACUCACUGCAUGGGUCAUGCUUUUGAGUCGACUCACUGCAUGGGUCAUGCUUUUGAGUCGACUCACUGCAUGGGUCAUGCUUUUGAGUCGACUCACUGCAUGGGUCAUGCUUUUGAGUCGACUCACUGCAUGGGUCAUGCUUUUGAGUCGACUCACUGCAUGGGUCAUGCUUUUGAGUCGACUCACUGCAUGGGUCAUGCUUUUGAGUCGACUCACUGCAUGGGUCAUGCUUUUGAGUCGACUCACUGCAUGGGUCAUGCUUUUGAGUCGACUCACUGCAUGGGUCAUGCUUUUGAGUCGACUCACUGCAUGGGUCAUGCUUUUGAGUCGACUCACUGCAUGGGUCAUGCUUUUGAGUCGACUCACUGCAUGGGUCAUGCUUUUGAGUCGACUCACUGCAUGGGUCAUGCUUUUGAGUCGACUCACUGCAUGGGUCAUGCUUUUGAGUCGACUCACUGCAUGGGUCAUGCUUUUGAGUCGACUCACUGCAUGGGUCAUGCUUUUGAGUCGACUCACUGCAUGGGUCAUGCUUUUGAGUCGACUCACUGCAUGGGUCAUGCUUUUGAGUCGACUCACUGCAUGGUCGACUCACUGCAUGGGUCAUGCUUUGAGUCGACUCACUGCAUGGGUCAUGCUUUUGAGUCGACUCACUGCAUGGGUCAUGCUUUUGAGUCGACUCACUGCAUGGGUCAUGCUUUUGAGUCGACUCACUGCAUGGGUCAUGCUUUUGAGUCGACUCACUGCAUGGGUCAUGCUUUUGAGUCGACUCACUGCAUGGGUCAUGCUUUUGAGUCGACUCACUGCAUGGGUCAUGCUUUUGAGUCGACUCACUGCAUGGGUCAUGCUUUUGAGUCGACUCACUGCAUGGGUCAUGCUUUUGAGUCGACUCACUGCAUGGGUCAUGCUUUUGAGUCGACUCACUGCAUGGGUCAUGCUUUUGAGUCGACUCACUGCAUGGGUCAUGCUUUUGAGUCGACUCACUGCAUGGGUCAUGCUUUUGAGUCGACUCACUGCAUGGGUCAUGCUUUUGAGUCGACUCACUGCAUGGGUCAUGCUUUUGAGUCGACUCACUGCAUGGGUCAUGCUUUUGAGUCGACUCACUGCAUGGGUCAUGCUUUUGAGUCGACUCACUGCAUGGGUCAUGCUUUUGAGUCGACUCACUGCAUGGGUCAUGCUUUUGAGUCGACUCACUGCAUGGGUCAUGCUUUUGAGUCGACUCACUGCAUGGGUCAUGCUUUUGAGUCGACUCACUGCAUGGGUCAUGCUUUUGAGUCGACUCACUGCAUGGGUCAUGCUUUUGAGUCGACUCACUGCAUGGGUCAUGCUUUUGAGUCGACUCACUGCAUGGGUCAUGCUUUUGAGUCGACUCACUGCAUGGGUCAUGCUUUUGAGUCGACUCACUGCAUGGGUCAUGCUUUUGAGUCGACUCACUGCAUGGGUCAUGCUUUUGAGUCGACUCACUGCAUGGGUCAUGCUUUUGAGUCGACUCACUGCAUGGGUCAUGCUUUUGAGUCGACUCACUGCAUGGGUCAUGCUUUUGAGUCGACUCACUGCAUGGGUCAUGCUUUUGAGUCGACUCACUGCAUGGGUCAUGCUUUUGAGUCGACUCACUGCAUGGGUCAUGCUUUUGAGUCGACUCACUGCAUGGGUCAUGCUUUUGAGUCGACUCACUGCAUGGGUCAUGCUUUUGAGUCGACUCACUGCAUGGGUCAUGCUUUUGAGUCGACUCACUGCAUGGGUCAUGCUUUUGAGUCGACUCACUGCAUGGGUCAUGCUUUUGAGUCGACUCACUGCAUGGGUCAUGCUUUUGAGUCGACUCACUGCAUGGGUCAUGCUUUUGAGUCGACUCACUGCAUGGGUCAUGCUUUUGAGUCGACUCACUGCAUGGGUCAUGCUUUUGAGUCGACUCACUGCAUGGGUCAUGCUUUUGAGUCGACUCACUGCAUGGGUCAUGCUUUUGAGUCGACUCACUGCAUGGGUCAUGCUUUUGAGUCGACUCACUGCAUGGGUCAUGCUUUUGAGUCGACUCACUGCAUGGGUCAUGCUUUUGAGUCGACUCACUGCAUGGGUCAUGCUUUUGAGUCGACUCACUGCAUGGGUCAUGCUUUUGAGUCGACUCACUGCAUGGGUCAUGCUUUUGAGUCGACUCACUGCAUGGGUCAUGCUUUUGAGUCGACUCACUGCAUGGGUCAUGCUUUUGAGUCGACUCACUGCAUGGGUCAUGCUUUUGAGUCGACUCACUGCAUGGGUCAUGCUUUUGAGUCGACUCACUGCAUGGGUCAUGCUUUUGAGUCGACUCACUGCAUGGGUCAUGCUUUUGAGUCGACUCACUGCAUGGGUCAUGCUUUUGAGUCGACUCACUGCAUGGGUCAUGCUUUUGAGUCGACUCACUGCAUGGGUCAUGCUUUUGAGUCGACUCACUGCAUGGGUCAUGCUUUUGAGUCGACUCACUGCAUGGGUCAUGCUUUUGAGUCGACUCACUGCAUGGGUCAUGCUUUUGAGUCGACUCACUGCAUGGGUCAUGCUUUUGAGUCGACUCACUGCAUGGGUCAUGCUUUUGAGUCGACUCACUGCAUGGGUCAUGCUUUUGAGUCGACUCACUGCAUGGGUCAUGCUUUUGAGUCGACUCACUGCAUGGGUCAUGCUUUUGAGUCGACUCACUGCAUGGGUCAUGCUUUUGAGUCGACUCACUGCAUGGGUCAUGCUUUUGAGUCGACUCACUGCAUGGGUCAUGCUUUUGAGUCGACUCACUGCAUGGGUCAUGCUUUUGAGUCGACUCACUGCAUGGGUCAUGCUUUUGAGUCGACUCACUGCAUGGGUCAUGCUUUUGAGUCGACUCACUGCAUGGGUCAUGCUUUUGAGUCGACUCACUGCAUGGGUCAUGCUUUUGAGUCGACUCACUGCAUGGGUCAUGCUUUUGAGUCGACUCACUGCAUGGGUCAUGCUUUUGAGUCGACUCACUGCAUGGGUCAUGCUUUUGAGUCGACUCACUGCAUGGGUCAUGCUUUUGAGUCGACUCACUGCAUGGGUCAUGCUUUUGAGUCGACUCACUGCAUGGGUCAUGCUUUUGAGUCGACUCACUGCAUGGGUCAUGCUUUUGAGUCGACUCACUGCAUGGGUCAUGCUUUUGAGUCGACUCACUGCAUGGGUCAUGCUUUUGAGUCGACUCACUGCAUGGGUCAUGCUUUUGAGUCGACUCACUGCAUGGGUCAUGCUUUUGAGUCGACUCACUGCAUGGGUCAUGCUUUUGAGUCGACUCACUGCAUGGGUCAUGCUUUUGAGUCGACUCACUGCAUGGGUCAUGCUUUUGAGUCGACUCACUGCAUGGGUCAUGCUUUUGAGUCGACUCACUGCAUGGGUCAUGCUUUUGAGUCGACUCACUGCAUGGGUCAUGCUUUUGAGUCGACUCACUGCAUGGGUCAUGCUUUUGAGUCGACUCACUGCAUGGGUCAUGCUUUUGAGUCGACUCACUGCAUGGGUCAUGCUUUUGAGUCGACUCACUGCAUGGGUCAUGCUUUUGAGUCGACUCACUGCAUGGGUCAUGCUUUUGAGUCGACUCACUGCAUGGGUCAUGCUUUUGAGUCGACUCACUGCAUGGGUCAUGCUUUUGAGUCGACUCACUGCAUGGGUCAUGCUUUUGAGUCGACUCACUGCAUGGGUCAUGCUUUUGAGUCGACUCACUGCAUGGGUCAUGCUUUUGAGUCGACUCACUGCAUGGGUCAUGCUUUUGAGUCGACUCACUGCAUGGGUCAUGCUUUUGAGUCGACUCACUGCAUGGGUCAUGCUUUUGAGUCGACUCACUGCAUGGGUCAUGCUUUUGAGUCGACUCACUGCAUGGGUCAUGCUUUUGAGUCGACUCACUGCAUGGGUCAUGCUUUUGAGUCGACUCACUGCAUGGGUCAUGCUUUUGAGUCGACUCACUGCAUGGGUCAUGCUUUUGAGUCGACUCACUGCAUGGGUCAUGCUUUUGAGUCGACUCACUGCAUGGGUCAUGCUUUUGAGUCGACUCACUGCAUGGGUCAUGCUUUUGAGUCGACUCACUGCAUGGGUCAUGCUUUUGAGUCGACUCACUGCAUGGGUCAUGCUUUUGAGUCGACUCACUGCAUGGGUCAUGCUUUUGAGUCGACUCACUGCAUGGGUCAUGCUUUUGAGUCGACCUGA